CUAUAUCACAUAUUUGGGGAACUGAGUGACUGGCAGUGUGCGUCGCCUUAAACAACCAGCAGAUGUCGCUCUGUACCCUUGGUUGAGCGCGUGGCGAACUGGCUGACUGAGGUGAUGCGAGCGCGUGUCUGGUGGGUAAUGCUGGGAUGGUACAUGCCAGGGUAGAGCCUCGCGCUUUUUCUCGCAUGCACAGUGCACACCGCAGUGUAUGUCUUGUGUUGUGCCUCUCGCUCGAUUUCAUCCAUCCAGCGGACGCCUUUCCCUCCCUCCCUCCGCCAGCACACAGCAAAUGGUUCACGUCCGUCCGUUGCCGCUCCUGGGAAUGAGAAGACCAUUAUUUUCUCACUAAAUCACGGAUUGAAGGCAGGGUGUCUAGGAGAACAUCGUUCCCCAGGACGUUAUUCUAAUUGGAGUAAUGCCAGUUCCAGACCAGCCAUCCGACGCUGAAAAGCCCGCCCUGCUGAGCCCAGUUCUGUCCGCCUCCAACGGCGACGGCUCUGAGAAAGAAUCCACCUCCGCCAUCUUGGCCUCAGUCAAAGAGCAGGAGCUGCAGUUUGAGCGCUUGACUCGUGAGCUGGAGGCCGAGAGACAGAUCGUCGCCACACAACUGGAGAGAUGCAAACUGGGAUCUGAGACCGCAAGCAUGAGCAACAUCAGUUCGUCAGAGGAGCAGUAUCGCUGGAACACUGAAGAUGGACAGGAAGACAUCGAGGAGGAGCUGAGCACCGGGCUGGAGCUGGUGGACUCUUGCAUCAGGUCCCUCCAGGAGUCGGGGAUUCUCAACCACCAGGAUUACACCAGCGGUGAAAACGCAGGACCGAGCCUCCUCUCCCAGAGCUCACUCCAGCUCAACGCUGCUCCGGACUCCGCGCUCCACUACUCCGCAGGCUACCAUAGUAACCAGACCCUCGCUCUGAGCGACACCUCGGCGGCAGCAGCUGCCUCAGCAUCAGGACCAACUCCAGCACAGCAGCAGCAGGCUCCCUCAUCUCGUAGCGGGCAGGUUGGAGGAGCUGUUCACAGCUACAACCAGGUCACCUCCAGCCGUGCCGCCCAGCUUGCCACCGGUGGCGGCGAUUCAGCCCAGCCGCUGUCUCAGAGCCAUGGCAGCGCGUUCCACCUGCCGGAGACCCAGCAGCCUUCAGUGGGCCUGUACUACUCCAGCAGCACCCUGCCUGCGCAGCGCGUGAGCUCCCCGCUCUCCAUGCAGACCCUGGGCUCCCCCAGCAAGCUCCAGCUGCAGCAGCGCCACGGCUCUGGGUCCGACGCCCCCAGCUACGCCACCAUCCAGCGCGCCCCGCCUUCCUCCUCGCCCAAGCAGUCGCCGGCACGGCUGGCCAAGUCUUACAGCUCCAGCUCGCCCAUCAACGCGGGCUCAUCGCACCUCCACUCGUCGCCCUCGCCGCUGCGCGUGGCCUCGCCGCCCAACAGCGUGGGAGGACUAGGCGGCGGUGGGGGGGGGCCCUCGUCCUCGCCCAUCCACCAGAUCAGCUCGGGCGUGGGGAACUACGCCACGCUCUCUCCCACCAAGCGCUCCCUGCAUUCCUUGGAGGAGUACAAGUUCUCCCAGGAGCUCCGCGCCGCCACGCUUCAGAGGCCUGGCAGUCUCGCCGGCUCUAGGGGCUCCUACAGCAGUCAGCAUAGCCACCUGGGCCCUGACCUUCGACCCCUGCAGUCCCCGGAGCACCACAUCGACCCCAUCUACGAGGACCGCGUCUACCAGAAGGGGCCAAUGAGGAGCCUCAGCCAGAGUCAGGGGGAGCCUCCCCCUGGGCACACCGGAACAUACCGCACCAACACCGCCCCGCCCUCCCCCGGUGUUGACUCCGUCCCCUUGCAGCGCACGGGCAGCCAGAACGCCACGGGCACGUACCCGCGCAGCGCCAACUACGCCACGGGGCCCUCUACGGCCAACUACGGCGACCCCUACCGCACCCUGCAGUACUGCUCCUCCGUAGAGUCCCCCUACAGCAAGUCGGGCCCCGCCCUGCCGCCCGAGGGCUCCUUGGCCCGGUCGCCCUCCAUCGACAGCAUCCAGAAGGACCCCAGGGAGUUUGGAUGGCGAGACCCAGAGCUGCCCGAGGUCAUUCAGAUGCUUCAGCACCAGUUCCCGUCAGUCCAGUCCAACGCCGCAGCCUACCUGCAGCACCUGUGCUUUGGGGACAACAAGAUCAAAGCAGAGAUCCGACGGCUGGGUGGCAUCCAGCUGCUGGUGGACCUGCUGGACCACAGGAUGGCGGAGGUCCACCGGAGUGCCUGCGGAGCCCUGAGGAACCUGGUCUACGGCAAGGCCAACGACGACAACAAGAUCGCCUUCAAGAACUGCGGAGGCAUCCCUGCCCUGGUGCGACUGCUGCGGAAGACCUCCGACGUGGAGGUCAAAGAGUUAGUCACAGGCGUGCUGUGGAACCUGUCCUCCUGUGACGCCCUGAAGAUGCCCAUCAUCCAGGAUGCCCUGGCGGUCCUGACUAACUCAGUCAUUAUCCCCCACUCUGCCUGGGACACAUCCCCACACCAGGAGGACCGCAAGCUGCAGCUGCACACCUCUCAGGUGCUGCGCAACGCCACCGGCUGCCUGAGGAACGUGAGCUCAGCGGGGGAGGAGGCUCGCCGGCGGAUGCGCGAGUGUGAGGGCCUGACAGACGCGCUGCUCUUCGUCAUCCAGACCUCUCUGGGCAGCACCGAGAUCGACAGCAAGACCAUAGAAAACUGUGUGUGCAUCUUGAGAAACCUCUCGUAUCGGCUGGCGGCAGAAACUUCUCAGGGACUGCAGAUCGGCACAGACGAGCUCGACGGCCUGCUCUGCGGAGAUGGUAACGGCAAGGACGGCGAGAGCUCAGGCUGCUGGGGGAAGAAGAAGAAGAAAAAGAAGCCCCAGGAUCAGUGGGAUGGCGUGGGUCCCAUGCCGGAGACGGCUGACCCCCCAAAAGGGAUCCAGAUGUUGUGGCACCCCUCCAUCGUGAAGCCCUACCUCACGCUGCUGUCAGAGUGUUCCAACCCAGACACACUGGAGGGGGCUGCUGGAGCUCUGCAGAACUUAGCAGCAGGCAGCUGGAAGUGGUCGGUCUACAUCCGUGCAGCCGUGAGGAAGGAGAAGGGUCUUCCCAUUCUGGUGGAGCUGCUCCGGAUAGACAACGACCGGGUGGUGUGCGCAGUGGCUACAGCUUUAAGAAACAUGGCCUUAGAUGUGAGAAAUAAAGAAUUAAUCGGCAAGUAUGCCAUGCGAGACCUGGUCCAUCGCUUACCGGGCAGCACCAGCACCAGCUCAAACAGCGGUGGUGGCAGCGGGGGCAGUGGGGGCAGCAGUGGAGCAGGGGGCACUGCCAACAGCGGCGGGAGCAAAAUCAUGUCGGACGACACGGUCACAGCCGUCUGCUGUGCGCUACAUGAAGUCAUCACCAAGAACAUGGAGAACGCCAAGGCGCUGCGUGACGCGGGCGGCAUCGAGAAGCUCAUCGGCAUCGCCCGCAGCAAAGGAGACAAGCACUCACCGAAGGUGGUGAAGGCUGCGUCUCAGGUUCUCAGUAGCAUGUGGCAGUACAGGGAUCUGCGGAGUCUCUACAAAAAGGAUGGGUACUCGCAGUAUCAUUUUGUGGGCUCGGCCUCCACAAUAGAGAGGGACAGACAAAGGCCGUACUCCUCCUCCCGAACUCCCUCUGUGUCUCCCGUGCGGACGUCUCCCAACAAUCGAUCGGCCAGCGCCCCCGCCUCACCCCGGGAGAUGGUUGGCCUCAAGGAACGCAAGACCGACUACGAGUCCACCGGCACCAACGCCAGUUACCAUGGAAACAAAGGCGAGCACACGUCCAGGAAAGAUGCCAUGGCAGUGCAAAUCUCCUGUGGAACUUCCACGCUGUGCCGGAACUCCUACUCAACUUCUAAUGAAGAGAUCAAGCACAACCAGGUUACCGCUGUGCAGCCUGUUGCUCAGGAGUGUGCCGUCCGCAAGGACUACGAGACCCUCCCGACCUUCCAGAACUCCACGCGGAGCUUCGAGGAGGCGUUCCUGGAGGACCAGGUCCAUCGCACAGCGCCCACCACCGAUCUCAAUAUGCACCUGGGCCUGAAGUCGACUGGGAACUAUGUGGACUUCUACUCCGCCGCCCGACCCUAUAGCGAACUCAACUACGAGACGAGUCACUACCCAGCCUCACCAGACUCCUGGGUCUAGGGGCUCGGGUGUUUGUGUGUGUGUUUGUGUGUAUCUGUGUGUUUGUGUGUGUGUGUGUGUGUGUGUGUGUGUGUUUGUGUGGCCAGGGUCAGGGAAUGGUUGGGUGUUUGGGGGUGAGUGCGUCUGAGCACAGGACCAUCAGCUGAUUGGCUGGUCUCGACGGGGAGGGAGGGAAGGGUGGAUGAAUGUGCAUGUGCAUGCGACAAAACAUUGUUUGUUCAGUUUGUUCAGAGCUGGUUUCCACACAGAGGCCUGCGGUUUGGGUUGAGUCAAGCAAGAUGAGAUGAGCGAGUGUAGAAUGUGCAUGAAGGUGAAUAGAAAUUGUAAGAGAAGAAAAGAGAUGAGCGAUAAGAAAAGGCUCUUAAAGUAUGCAGCCCUCAGAUGGGAGCAGAGCCGUGAAGAAGUCCUGUUAGGGUGAUGAAGCUGGGAAGAGGAAGAGGAUGAGGUGAUAGUAGCGCUGCGGCAGGAUAAGUGGGACGAAGCAGGGGAAAUUAAGUCGUUUACAAGCUUAGUGGGAACAGCUUUUCUCCGUUUUCUUUUUCUUUCUUUCUUUUUUUUCUUUUUUUUGUACGUCAUUCCUUUGACUGGUGAAUUGAAGCUUCAUCUUAAACUGAUGGAAUGUUGGUCCGUACUAGAAGAUUCCUCCCAAGCCUUUUCGCUCUCUAUAUUUUUGUCUUUUUAAGUUUUGAUUUGUACUUUUUUAAGUUGUCGAUGUAAAGUAUGUGGUGUACAUUGCAGAGAUACAAGUGCAUUGUGUAUAUUACACGGAUGCCACUUCCUCCUUCCAGUGGCUAUGGACAUUGUUUAUGGUACAAAGGUAAAAAAAAAAAAAAGACUUAAAAAUAUGUAUCAAUCAUCAAUGUCCCCUUUCCAGACAAAAGUAUGUUUUAACAACAAGAAGGACAUACAUACAUAGCGGUAUUGUUUGUUCCAAUAAUGUGAGUUUGUUUGUGGCAACUAAACAAAUGUUUGAAGCAGUUCCGAGACAGUUCAAACAGCCUCAUUCCACCCUGUCAACGAAGUGCUUUUUCACUGCCUAAAAAAAAUUAGAUGUAGAUAUUUGAAAUAGAAUCCUAUUGAUUUUCACUUAUCAGAUUUUUUUGUUUUUUCAAAUGAUAGUGUUAAAAGAUAAUAAAUACAAAUGUUGGUCAUCCAUAUUGGCAUAAAACCCUCUCUGUUCCACCAGUAUCUCAGUUUUUAUGUGCUUACACGAGACUAUGACUGACAUUGUGCCAAAUUUUUUAAACGUCUGGAUGAGAACACCGGAGAGUAGUCAUGACUUGAGCUGACGUUUCCUUUCCACAACUAAGUAAAUCCUCUGCACACAGUCACUACUUUUAUUUGUUCAGAAAUGUGUUUUAAUGCUAUUACGCAACAGUAUGUCUACGCAAACAUAUGGAGAAAAAAAAUAAGACAAUAACUAGGAGGGCAAAAUCUUUAAGAGCACGACUCCCUCUGAAAGGUGUACAAAUCUGUCUCUUGUUGUUAGUGAGUGUGUGCUGUAUGUUGAACCGUGUUGGAUACAAGAGGCGCGUUAACAGCUGGCUUCUACUGUUUGAUUUUCCAUGACAAAAACACAGUGAGGUAUUAGACUGCAAUGUUAAUAGAAAAUGAGAAUUAUAUAUAAAUACAUGCAAAUAUAUAUACAUACAUAAAUAUAUAUAUAUAUAAUUUUUAUGUGCAGAUGUCAGUAUCACCAGAAGCGAAAACAUAAGAAGUAAAGAGAGACUUGUCUAAAUGGACUAUGUUUAUUUCAGUCAUUCCAAAUGGGAAUAUAAAACACCAACACUUGAAGAUGUUGACCUCCUAGGUUAAGCUGUGCUGCUUUUUUCGAGCUUCGUAGGUAAUCUCUCUGGAUUUGGACUUUGGAUAAAUUAUUCUCUACAAUCAGCAUAGCUGUUUUGGCUGAUUACCGUCAUACAGGAAUACAUGUGAGAAUCAACAUAGCAACAUGUAUUGUAAAUCUGAACUACAGUAAAAGGAUGUGUUACACUUGAUAUUUCCAUCAAAGGUAAUCGUAUUGAGGUUAAUUGACUGCCACCUUUUAUGGUUACUGUGAAACACUAUUGGAACCUGUCCAAAAGAAACAUUUGUGAGUUAAUGGUGAGCUUAAUGGUGAGAUGCUUUGGUAAUGGCUUGGCACAGAAUGCUCAUAGCUAUGAAAGGGGCAUUUCAAGUGCUGUGUUUUUCAUGAUAACUUUUCAUCAUGAAUCAUCACUUAUGUAAUUGUUUUUUUUUCUUUACGUCAGAUAAGUACUUGUUUUGCCUUUAAACAUUGCAACGUUUAUCACAUCUAAAAAUAUCAUGUGGUCAUAUGCUAAGCGUGCUAGCUCUCUGUUGCAGGAUUGAUCAACAUGAUUCCAUCAUUUGAACAGUCCACUGUUUUUCUUGUUUCUGGUUGGAUGAAAUAAAGAGGGUAAUCUAUAGAUAUACACACA